UGACAUUUAAAAAACUGACGUGUUGUUUGUUGUGUACGCUACGCAUAGAAAACUUAGAUAAAAACUCUAAAUAAAUAACAACGAUCUAGCUACAAAGCAUUUACUCAUAAUUUAGCAGUACUACGAAGAGUUAACAAUGCUGAAAGCUGUAAUUCUUAUUGGAGGGCCGCAAAAAGGAACCCGCUUCCGCCCCCUCUCUCUGGACACACCCAAGCCACUGUUCCCCAUAGCAGGCCUACCACUGAUCCAGCAUCACAUAGAAGCAUGUGCCAAGUUGGAAGUGUGCAAGGAGAUUUUAAUCAUCGGAGCAUAUACUACAAACACUAUGGCACAAUUUGUCUCUGAUAUGCAGAAGGAGUAUCAUGUUAUUAUCAGAUAUCUCCAAGAGUUCACUCCGCUGGGCACAGGCGGUGGUCUGUACCACUUCAGGGAUCAAGUCCGUGCCGGAAAUCCUUCUGCAUUCUUCUUGUUGAACGGAGAUGUGUGUGCUGACUUCCCCCUCAAAGAGUUGUGGAAUUUCCAUGAAGAACUGUCUAAUGCUUUGGUAACAAUAAUGGGCACAGAAGCGACCCGCCAGCAAUCCGUCCACUACGGUUGCAUGGUACGUGAGAGUGCCACCAAGUCAGUCACUCACUAUGUGGAGAAACCGAACAGUUAUGUGUCCACGCUCAUCAACUGUGGUGUCUAUGUGUGUUCCUUGCAAGUGUUUCAUACUAUGGCGGAUUCGUUUCAGAAGAAACAGGAUGUUUUUUAUAGUGGAAACGGCCAGACUAGUCCUCACCCUGGUUACAUGUCAUUUGAGCAAGAUGUUCUAAUGCAGCUAGCAGGCACCAACAAGUUAUAUGCUAUGCAGGUAACAAACUGGUGGUCCCAAGUAAAGACAGCGGGCUCGGCUAUCUACGCGAACCGUCACUACUUGGAGCUGCACCGCGACCGCGUGUCUAAGGACAAGCCCUGCACCAUACUGCCCGAUGUCUUUGUACACCCCACUGCCGUUGUUGACUCUACCGCUGUCAUCGGUCCCAACGUGUCGAUCGGCGCGGGAGUGACGAUAAAAGCCGGCGUUAGGAUAAAGGAGUCUAUCGUACUGAACAACGCUACCGUGCACGAACAUGCACUUGUCAUGUAUUCUGUUGUCGGCCAAGAAGCGUCAGUAGGCGAAUGGUCGCGGGUAGAAGGGACCCCGUCAGACCCUGACCCCAACAAGCCGUUCGCGAAGAUGGAUAACACGCCACUGUUCAACAGCGAUGGCAGGCUCAACCCUUCUAUUACUAUAUUGGGUGCGGGAGUCGUGGUGCCAGCAGAAACCAUCCUUCUAAACUCCAUAGUGUUGCCACACAAACAUCUAUCAAGGAGUUUCAAGCACGAGAUCAUAUUAUAGUUCCUGAACUGGCAACACUGGCCAAGCUUUAACAAAGAUACAAAAUGUUUUGGCUUAGAUAGACUAUUUAAUAUGUAGGUAACGAAAUAUUGUGAAGCUUAAGAUUUUAUACAUUUAUAAUUUUUAUAUAAUUAAAGAAUUAGUUGUAAAAUAAGAAA